AUGUUUAACCAGCAACAACGAUCGCCCUUCACCGCAUCAAGAACAACUCCUCAUAGGCUGGCAAUUCUCUCUGUCCCCGUCACCAUUUUCUUCUCCUGCUCUCCUCUUGGCCGGCACGUCCCCGGCGGACCCUACCGCGACUUGCAGUUACAUGUCGAGCUUGCAAACUCGCUGCAAGAUUUGAGGAAGCGAAAGAAGAAAGGGGAUAUAUGGUUCCGCGAUGGCGUGCAUGAGCAUUCGUUGAGCCUCACGCUGGCAACGCGCAAUGGCUAUGCGACUCGGCCGGUCUGGUUGCGACUGACUGAUCUACCCAUCAUUUUGCUUAUCUUUCAAGUAGUUACUUAUUGA